AUGCAUAGCAAUGUAGAGUUACUUCCUAUUUGUUUACCAUCAGGUGCUAUGGAUUGUGCAAAGGUUAUGUCAACAAAGGAAGAUAUUAACUCGCAUUAUUAUCAAUCAAAUAGUACUAGUAGUGAUCAAGAAAGUAAUCUUGAUGAUUAUGUUAUUGUAUCAUCUUCAGCAUCAAUAAUUAGUAGUGAGAAUAAUAGUUCUGAAGAAAACUUAUUAGAACAAGAAGAUGAUGCAGAUUAUUUUGCUCAAUUUAGUUGUCCAAAUGAUGAUAGUGAUGAUGAUUUAGAAUAUUUUUAUAAUAAUAAUAAUAAUGAUGAUAUAUUUAUUAAUAAUCAUUUAAAUAGAAAACAAUUAUAUUUAGCUGAACAGUUUGAAGAAAAAAAUUAUCAACGUUCAAAACGUUCGAAUAAAAAAAUCAAUGCACAUUGUCAGAUUAAAACAAAACAUGCUAAAAAUAUUAAAAUUAAAUCACAUAAUAAACAAUUGUAUAUGCAUCAUCGAUUAGUUAAACGUGUUGUACUUGAUGAACCAAGUCGAAAUUAUUUACCUUCGAAUCCAUCAACUCCAUUAUACUCAUUUGAAGCUUUACGAUCCCUUGUUUAUGAACAUCGUCAUCUUCGAAUUGGUUCUAAUCGUCAAAGCCAAGUCCAACAACAAACUAUUCAUAAUAAUAAUAAUAAUAAUAACAAUAAUAAUAAUAAUACAUCUAAUGUUACAAAUCAACUUCGAGAAUAUACAAUUAAUGAAAAUAAUAUUUUAAAUGAUCCAUGUUUUGAUGAUGCUAUGAUUAAUUUUCUUCUUGACAUGCAAAAUCGUGAUCUUUCUCCAAAUGAUUAUGAAAUGUUAUUAAGACUUGAUGAACGUGUACAACGUAAAACAGUUGAUGUAAAUAUUCUAGAUAAAUUUCCAACUUUGAAUGUUAGUGAAACACAUUUAAAUGAUCAAUGUACAAUAUGUAUGGAAGCAUAUACUCUUGGACAAACAAUUAAAUCGUUACCAUGUACACAUAUAUUUCAUGUGCAUUGUAUUGAAAUAUAUUUAAAAGAAUUUUCUAUACAAUGUCCUUUAGAUAACUUACCGUUAAUAUGA